AUGGUGGAAGGAGAGGAGGCGCAUGCCACUGUAGUGCAAACUUUCGCAUUCCUGCGGACGUGCCUUGCAAAAGGGAGCCUAGUGCCUCAGCAGCACGAGGAGAAGGCGAUUGCUGGUGCAGAAGGCUGCGGAGAUCCAGAAGCACAGUUGGAAGAUUUGAUUGACACGCGAACCUGCAUUGCACUGGUCAUUUACCUCGGAGUGCUCAUUGUGGCCAUCGUCGUGGCAUGCCUCCUGAUCGUCACCCGAGGGUUCUGGGCGGGCGACGUGGUCCUUUGCUGCAUCAUUGCUCUUUAUGAGCUCUCAGUUCUGCAGGCAACGGCACCGCGCAAACUUUGCGUCAUGCAAAAAAUGGUAGCAGGAGAACCACCAACGCGCAUACCCUUCUUGCACAGCUCGUCCUGCUGGCGAUCCUCCGACGGCGAGACACAGCACAAGCUUCGGCAGUUACCAGGUGGAUCUUGCAUCAGCUUAUGUCGUGGGCUGUGGGGCUCAGGUACACCUACGCCUCAUCUUGCUGGUCUUUCAUGGUCCUUGCUCUUGAAACCCUAG